UAGAAAACUACAUGAAAAUCAGGAAAUAAUAGAACAACUGAUACUUCCAAAAUGUUACAGAGAUCAAGUAUUAAGAGGUCUGCAUAACGACGUUGGUCAUCCAGGUAAGGAAAGGACAAUGAGAUUGUUACGAGAAAGAUUUUAUUGGCCAGGGAUGUCAGUUGACGUAGACCAAUGGAUUUCCAAAUGUGACAGGUGCUUGAGGAGAAAAAGCUCAGUACAUAGUAGAGCUCCACUCAUAAAUGUAAACACGACUUACCCUCUUGAGUUAGUCUGUUUAGAUUUCUUGACACUUGAACCAGCCAAAGGAGGCAUAGCAAAUGUCUUAGUAAUCACAGACCAUUUCACUAAAUUUGCCAUGGCUGUGCCCACAAAAAAUCAAACUGCUAAGACAACUGCUGAGACUUUCUACAACAAUUUUAUUGUUCAUUAUGGUUCACCAACAAGACUUCACUCAGAUCAAGGAGCAAAUUUUGAAAGCGAAAUCAUCAAGGAGUUAUGUAAACUUACUAAUAUUCAGAAGAGUCAUACUUCAAUUUAUCAUCCGCAAGGCAAUUCAGGACCAGAAAGAUUCAAUAGAACAUUAUUGGACAUGCUAGGAACUCUUGAAAAUUCACAAAAGGCAGACUGGAAGAAAUAUGUGAAUCAUCUUGUCUAUUGCUAUAACUGUACUCCUCAUGAAUCUACACGAGUUGCACCAUUUGAAAUCAUGUUUGGUCGAAAACCCCGACUUCCUAUAGAUACACUUUUUGAACAAGCAAAUGAUAGUCUUGUAAACAAAGGUACAAAAGAAUACAUUAUGGAUCUCAAGGAAAAAAUGUUAAAAACUAGGAGAAUCGUUGAUGAGUAUGUGUCAAAAGCAAAGAAGAAACAAAAGAAAUAUUAUGACACUAAGGCAAAAGCUGCAAGAAUAGAAGUUGGUGAUAAGGUCUUGGUUAAAGUGUUAUCAUUUGAGGGUAAACACAAGAUUGCUGACAAAUUUGAAGAAGAUGUGUACUCCGUAAUUGAACAAGUAAAAGACAACAUUCCAGUCUACAAGGUUAAGUCUGAUGUAUCUGGUAGAGUGAAAACCUUGCACAGAAACCAUUUAUACCUGUUACAACAUCAGGAUAAUAUAAAUGGGGAAAAUCAAGAAGUAGAUGUUGUGGAAAAGGAGGAUGCAUCCAAUGUGAAAGAAGAGAAUGGUAUUGAUAGAUGUGACGUCACGGAAAUUGAAGAAGAGUCUGAGUCUGAUGAUGACACAGGUGAUCUUGUAGUAUUCACAAGAUCAGGGGACGCCCAUAAUCCUGUAGUAGUCAAGGACAAAGUUCUAAAGGAAAGAACAGAAAAUAAGAAGGUGAGUAUUGAUAUGCCAAUUGAUUUAAUUUCAGAUAAGGAUACUAGGCCUAAGGAUGAUGGAAAGAAGAAGGAAGUUAAAUCACCUGAAGGUGCAGAGGUUUCAGAAACAAAAAAAACAUUGAUCGUCAGAACAGAUGAUACAGGAACAGAUGAAACAGAAGAAUUAGUGAGUGUCAAUAUAGAUGAAACAGAGGAAGUGACUGUCCCAGAAUCAGAAGAUACAGAUACAGAAGACACUGAAACAACAACAAAUAGAGAAACAGAAAAUACCAAGACACAAGGCAGUGAUGUAGAUGAUGAAGAGAGACAGGAGAAAGACAUCCAAACACAAACAACUCCUAUUGCAGCAGAACAAAGGGAAACACCACCUAAAGAGUCGCCUAGACCUCAACCUAAACCAAGACGUGUAGCAAGAGACAGAAAGCUUCCUAAACAUUUGGAGGACUACCAGUUAUAUAGUGUUGUACCUAGACCACAGGAUCCAAGAUUUCAAGCCCUGAGACAGGUAAUGGAGUCAGGAGUAUUGGACACAUUAGAUAGUGAAAUGGCCAGGAGAUUAGUCAACAGUAUUUUUCAGUAAAGUGUAUUAUUGCUGUAACACUUUUGUUGACAUUGUAAAUAUUUGCUUAUUCUGAUAAUGUCACUCAUGUAUGAAUUUUAUUAUUAUUUUUAUCAGAUUGCUAUAUACAAUUGUUUUUAACAAAUAUUGAACAUUAAGCCUAAAAGGAACGAUAUUAAUGCUUUGUAAUUGUUAUUGUGAGGACACAAUUUCAAAGUAAGGGGAGACAAUCAACAAUGAUUAGGUAAGGACACGUAAGUUACGCAUUGAAACAAGGUAGAAGUAUAUCUUAUAUGUAGAUAUGUAGUGGAUAUGUUAUUCAAAUGUAGAAGUUGAAUAUAUCUCGUAUGUAGAUAUUUUAUUGCAGUUAAUAGUAUGGUAGCUGUAAUUUAAAAUGCUGACAUAAGCAUUUUUUGACAACUGACAGAUAUUGACUGUUUGGUAUAUGUUGAAAAUAGUUUGACUUUAUAAUGACGGGACGUCAUUUCUCAGGCCAGGGAAAUAUGUAACCGGUUGAAAAUUUGGUAUCUUUAACCUUACUUGUUCAUAUUGUAUGAUUUAGUGGUCUCUGACCAUGUUUUGAUAGAGUUCCUUCCCUUUGACCAAAUAUUUCUGUUUUUAUCCAUUAGAGUUACCUUACUUGGAAUAAUUCCCGCUAUAGGUGGCGUUUUCAGUUAUUUUGCACAGAAGGCUUGUUGAAAUCAUGGAAAGGGGUUGCAAAGUUUUGUGCUCGUUGUUUUAAAUUAAGUUUUAAGGUCCUUAUUGGAAUAAAUUAUGUAACCUGGGUAUUAUGUGGUAACCGCUGCUUGGCUGUUUUUCUAAGUAACCAGCACCAGUCAGAGAGAAUGAGUGAAAGUGUAGACAUGACGUUCAUUCCAUAAAUGGACGUGAUUAUCAUUCUACACGUUUAACUUUGAUUCUACGAUGUACGUUAUGGCCUCUUAAGUGUUCUACAAUGUAUUAGCUUAGCAAGUAUUAUUAAAGGAACUGUGAACCUA